GGGCCGGGUGCGGCAGCGGGUGCAGCGGGGCCGGUGCUGCGGGGCUGCGCGCGCCAUGUCGGGGCGCUCGGUGCGGGCCGAGACCCGCAGCCGCGCCAAGGAUGACAUCAAGAAGGUGAUGGCAGCCAUCGAGCGCGUCCGCAGAUGGGAGAAGAAGUGGGUGACGGUGGGCGAUACGUCCCUGCGGAUAUUCAAGUGGGUGCCGGUGGCGGACAGUAAGGAGAAAGAGAAAUCCAAAUCAAGUAGCAGCACCGUCCGAGAACCCAAUGGCUUCCCAGCUGACACCUCUGCCAACUCCUCCCUCCUUCUGGAAUUCCAAGGUGCUGUUUCUGCAGAUGAGAACAGCAACCAGAGCUCCCUGUCUGAUGUGUACCAGCUCAAGGUGGACAGCAGCCCCAACUCCAGCCCCAGUCCCCAGCAGAGCGAGUCCAUGAGUCCUGCCCACACGUCUGACUUCCGCACGGACGACUCGCAGCCUCCCACCCUGGGGCAGGAGACUCUGGAAGAGCCCUCCCUGCCUUCCUCGGAAGUGGCAGAUGAGCCUCCCACUCUCACAAAGGAAGAGCCAGUCCCCCUUGAGACUCAGGUAACUGAAGAGGAGGAGGACUCCGGUGCGCCGCCUCUGAAGAGAUUUUGUGCUGACCAGAACUCUGUGUGCCACACGGCCUCGGAGAGCUAACCUGCCUGGCCCGGCACCUUCGCCAGCCCCUUGCAGAGCCGCCUGGACCUCCCAGGACCGGCGCUUCCUUCCAGCCUGCCCCUUCCCCAGCGUUGGGGCUCCCACCACUUGCAUCCAGUGCGCCCUUCCCUGCCCUGCCCUGCCCUGCCCGACGGAUGGGGCUGCUGCCAGUACCUGCAAAUUUGCCUCUAUUUAUUGGCUCCCUCUCUCCCUGCUCCCUGCCCUAGAGCUGGGGGUUCUCCGCUGGGUGGGCUGCAUGCGUGGGGGGGUUCUCCACAGGGCUCCCUGCUCUCCAUGGUCCUCCAUGCAUCCCCAGGACACUGGCAGAUGCUGUUUGCCUGCUUGUGGCUCCCGUGCCUGCCCUUCCCCUGGGUGCUGGGAACAGGAGAGCCACCUUCCACCUGCUCCAGGUGAUGUGUCCACUCGGUUGUGGGAGCAGGUGGUGGUGGGUGUGGGGGGCAGUGAGGGGAGGCCAGCAGGGACCCACUGGGACGCUGUGCAAUAAGCUGCUAGUUUAAGCCAUUCAUGCUGGGAGAGAGGGGAGCGCUUUCCCCUCCCGGAGGGCAGGUACUGGCUGGCCUCGGCUCUGCCACAGGGCACAGCUCCAGCCGCGUGGGUUCUGCAGUCCCCCAGGAGCCGGCAGAGCAGGGGGAGCCGCUGCCCUGUGCUGGGGGUCCUUGUCCCGGCCUAGUUACCCGCUAUCCCCGGGACGGGGAAGGAAGCGGCAGGGUAGGAGGGGAAGGAACCCCGGGAAGUGCUCCCGCCCUGGGGCUCUGCCGCCCCCCAAUACCCGCUGCCCCCCCCAGCCCCACUCUCCCCCCGCCGCCACUGCAUGUCCCGCCGAGUCCGUGAUCGAGCCUGGUGAAGCCGAAGGCGCGGCCGCGCGUGGAAGUGGAAAGUUAUUUUAGCACUGAAUAGAAUAUUUUUAAAAUUAAACUAUUUGAAAUACAGAUGCAGAGCACGAUGUCGGCCGGGCAGGGCCGGGUGGCGUGGGGAAGGGCUGUGCGGUGCGGGAAGAGAAGGGAAGGGAAGGCAAGGGAAGUUUCUGCUAAACGGGGCCCGGUGCCGCCACUCGGAGCCGGCCCGGAGCCCGAUCCCCCGGGAAGUUCGGUCAGCGUCCGGUCCCGGUUCCCCACCCUCUCCUCCCUGCCGGUGCUCGGCGCUGUCCGGAGCGGGCGGGGGCGGCCCCGAGCCGAGGCGGCAGCAGCGCCCGGCGGGGCCGGCUCGGGGCGGGUGGGAAGGGAGCGCGGGGCGGCCCCUCCGCCCUGUGCAGCGGCUCCCACCGCGGCCCCGGCCCCGGGCUCUGCCCGCUCCGCAGCCGUCCCCGCCCACCCGGGCGGCUCUGCCCGCGGCGCGGGGCUCCUCGUCCGCAGGGGCCGCGGGGGCCGGGAGGAAUCGGCCGCGGCUGCGGGGAUCGGGGCUGUGCUUUGGACGUGACUUCAGGGCAGUGCCAGAGCGCCCCAGCAAUUCCCAUCAUUAACCCGCGGCCUCCGCACCAGCCCGCUCGGACCUGACUGCCCUUGCAAUAAAUGAUUUUCAUUUUCA